UUCCAAAGUUUGUUAUGUAGAGGGGUGGAAGUAAGUAGUUGUAGUACGACAAGGUGCAAGUUCUGUAAUUAAUUAUGUAGAUUAUCAAUCCUAUUGUUCACUAAGAAUCCGCUGUGAAACGUAAAAACAGUUCAGUUAUUCUCAUGGAACGUGAAGAAAGUUUAUUGUGAAAGGUAUACUUUGACUUGGUAUGCCGUCAUCAAUUUCGGAUGUGUUAUACUAAAAUUAAUUGUCGCAAACGUGGUUCUAUACCAAAUCAAGAGCUGUUUGAUUGGGAAAUAGUUUAAACAUACUUUGUAAUACAUAUGUCGGGAUUGCAUCCUCGUGAUACAAUGCCCAAGAUGGGGCACGUAACUGAUCUGCGAGAGCAAUGGUUGGUCCGAGCUGACGGCGCGCUGGCUCAUCGCUUACAAGACCGUGAGAUUUCAUCGCAUCUUUGUGAGAACAGGUAUCGCAAUCAGCAGAUACGUGAAGAUUUCCCAGUAGCUCUAAGCGAGCAGCGUGAUAUUGAACAUGAAGUACAAUUGCGCGAACUCGCGCGCCGUCGACAAGCCGAGAUAGACGCAGAGAUAGCACGAGAAAUGGCCGAGAUAAAUAUAAGACGACAACGACGCAUUCAGAAACCUGAAAUGCUUGUGCAGCCCAGUUCCUCAAAAGCAAUACCUGCGCCACCGCCCCCUGACAUUAACCCUGAUGAAUUGGGUCUAUCUGCCUCUGAACUUGAAGAAAUGAGGCGAAGACUAGAACAGGAAGAAAGAGAUGCUCGGCUAGCUAGACAAUUAAGUCAUGAAGUAGAGGGUAAUGAAGCGAUACUAGCAGAUAUGAAAUGUGCUGUCGAAGCACAAGACGGCGAGCUCGCGCGCCUCUUGCAGGAGAGGGAAUAUAAGAAGCUACAAAGAGCAAAAGAGAAGGCGAGACAAAAAGCACUGUUAAAGAAACAACAGAGAUUGGCACAAAGAGAAAUACCCCCAGAACCACCGCAAGCGUUGCUCUGUGAUGCGUACAGUAAUCCCAGGGACAUGAUACGCCAGAAUGGUCUCCGAUUAUGCAAAUCAGUCGACUCGGACCUCAACUAUGUUGAACCGUUUGAAAAGGAAUGUAUACAAUCAAAAGCUAGUGCCUUACAGUCUAAAGAAAUAUCGAAACAGUAUUAUGCAGAAGAUGCUGGAACCUCGAGCUCAAAUAUAAACAUAUCACACAGCCAUUCAAGAUCUUUUGAAUCUAAUAAACCUACUGCGAAUCUCAAUACAUCUAUACAUCAUCGGCAGCCUCCGCCACCCCCAACUACCAGUAAAAAGCCCAGAUUUCCAGACCCAGUGAGCAUCAGACCAGCCUCUCACUACCCCACAGACAAUAUUCUAUCAGGAAACGACGCACACUCAUCAAUGUCUCACAGUGUAAGUGAAAACAAUAACUUAUACAGCUCAGCAUUCACUUCAGAUAUCAAUGUCCCACCUCCAAGAAUGGGUUCUGAUAAAUGUGACCCUUCAAAACGAUUAUCUGUUAUUUCUGAUAUAACUGCUGAAGGGCUUGCUAAGAAAAAGAGCAAGCAAGCUGAUUUGAAUAAAAAAAGACGUGGCUGCAAAAUUCAAUAACAUUCAGUUUCUAAGUUACAUAUUUCAUAUGUUACUUUCUCCUAAUAAGAAUUCCUUCUUUUUUUUAGAAUAAUAUAAUAAUUUAAUUCAUGCCAUUAUUGUUCUCACAUUCUAUAUAUGAAAAUCUAUUGGAAAAUAAAUGCAAAGCAAAAGUACAUU